UAAGAUGUUGGCUAAAAAAGUCAAAAAUGACAUUUGAUAAGUGUUGUUAAAUGUCCUUUGUUAGUUUCGAAUCUUUCGAUAUUCGAUAAUAGUAAUGGUAUGAAAUUAAAAACUGUCCCAUACAUUCACCAGGCGGAUAAUUUGUCAGGCACACGAAAAUCGUAGUAGACUUGGGCAGCAAAAUUCAACAAAUUUAAGACUGAAAGGCUUUGACAAACGAAUCUGAAAACCGGCCAAGAUGGAAAACAGUAACAUACGCGACUUUGGUAAUACGAAGGAUGACACAAUUGACACAAUCUCGAAUGAAGCCACCACAUCGCGCACAUUGAAGGCCAAAAAUGGCCAAACGGAUGUGAUUCCUACUGGGGCAGCAGCAGAUUGUAGUUCUAAAUUGCCAGAACAACAGCAUCAGCAAAUCGACGAACAGAUAGAGGGCAAAGAUCAACCAAAAACUGAAGGAGGGCCUGAAGCUUCUGUUGCCGUUGCUGCUCCCGUUUCCGCUUCCGCUGGCAAUAAUGAUAACGGGCAGGAGACUCAAGAGUUAUUGUUGCCACCGAAACAGAAUCGUUGCGACAAGUGUGGCAAGAAAUUUGGUUUAACCGGCGGAUUCCCCUGUCGCUGCGGUGGCACAUAUUGUGCCUUUCAUCGUUAUAGCGAUCGCCAUGAUUGCAACUUCGAUUAUCGCGAGAUGGGAGCAAGUCAAAUACGUCGCGAUAAUCCAUUAGUUGUACCAGAAAAGCUGCGCAAACUCUAAUUAACGCUCUAGACGCCAGCUUGGUGGUCCUUCUUUCUAUUGCUGUUCUCUUAUUGUUCUAUUCUUGUUUAACAAUUUUUUCCUUUCUUUUUUUUUUUGGCAUGAGCUAUUCCGAAAAACUGCAUCCAGAACAACACAAUAGAAACGGGAAACACAAUACAUACAUGUAUAACCAAGAGGCAAAUGCAAAAUGUACAAUAAAUUUUACUAAUGUAGCAUUUGUAAGCAA